CUCAUCUCGUCCAUCAACUCACCACCCGUUGUAUUCACCCGUCAACCUUUUUCAUCAAACUGCUGUACAUCGAUUUACAUAAUCGACUUAACAUUUCAUUGUAUAUCGCCCUCACUCUCACCUUUUCUUGCAAGCAACAACACCAUCGACUCCCACCUCUGACCACAAAAUGCCCCUCGGCAUCCAACGCCUCAACGCCAAGAAAUCCCAACCCAACGACCGCAUCAUCUUCAUCAAGCCCAUCCCCGGGCCCCAUGAAGCUAUCGCUCAGGAUUUCCUCGAGCGAAUAGCUGCGCAAUGCGUCCCCAUAAUGCGCCAACACCACCUCUCGGUCACCUCUUUAGAAGAAUUCCCCCCCAACCGUGAAUUCGUCGGCCGCAACUUCAACGCCGGCGAGGUAAUCCAGCUAGUCCUCAAAUCCCAUUCGGGUCGUUGGCUCCCCUUCAACUAUGUUCAAAUGGUCAUGAUGCAUGAGCUCGCCCACAACAAGCAGAUGAAUCAUUCCAAGGCUUUCUGGCAGGUUCGCAACCAGUUUGCUGAUGAGCUGAGAGGGUUGUGGCAGAGGGGUUUCACGGGGGAGGGGCUUUGGGGUAGGGGCGCGUUGUUGAGUACGGGGGAGUGGGAGAGGAAUGCGGUUGGGGAAGGGGAGGAGUUGCCGGAGCAUUUGUGUGGUGGGACGUAUCGGAGUAGGAGGGGGGGAAGGAAGAGGAAGGUGAAGGUUGAUUGGAGGGAGCAGAGGGAGAGGAGGAUACUCAAGAAGUUUGGGGCGGGAGGUGAGAAGCUUGGGGAGGAUGAGGCGGUGAAAAAGGAGUUGGAAAAGGGGAAGAAGGUGAAGGGGAAGCCGAGGGUGGCAGGGAGUGGGAGAGGGAGGGAGUUGAGGGCUGCGGCUGCUUUGGCGAGGUUGGAACAGGGGAGGAAGGGGGAGGGGAAGGUGAAGAAAGAGGAGGAGGAGGAGGAGGAGACGGAUAGUGGGGAUGAAUAUGAGGAGGAUGUGAGCCAGGGUCCGGAUGCGGUUGACUUUGAUGGGAAGAAAUUGCUUGACGGGAAAGGGCAGGGGAUGGUGAAGGUUUGCGACGACGAGAAUCUCAAUGAUCAGGAUGCGCAGGAUGAACUGCGGGAGUUGCAGAGUUUUGGGAGGAUCAAUAAAGAGCCUGGAACUGGGUCGUUGAUUCUCAACUCGGUCAAACCGACACCGAUAAAGCCAGACACCUCAUCAGAAAAGAGACCACCAGUACCAAAACCGCCGCCACCGAAACCGAAAGUCCAGGCACAGUCGCCAAAUAUCAAACUAUUACACCCGAAAGCAGAGCAAUCUCAGCCUCUUAAACUGAAAACACCAGCGCCAUUACCCACUACUGCCACAACUAAACCGACCACGUGCCCAACUUGCUCCUUUGACAACGAGCCAAUAUCCGCCAUUUGCGCUAUAUGCAGCAAUGUCCUUAACCCAGCGAGGGUUUCCGACUCUUGGGCAUGUACCAGCACGACGUGUACCGGGACAAAGUAUCGCAAUGCGGACAACGUUGGAAUUUGCGGAGUGUGUGGAGCUCGCAAGCCACAGGCUAUAUUGGCGGAUCAAGCUUAAAUCGCCCUUGCGUACCGGGACAGUAAACAAAGGGAGUGACAACGGCGGGGCAACCACCGGAACAGGGAUCCUGGUUUUAGGGGGGGGUUAUGUAUGUAUAUGCCCAUGUCAGGAUCAAGGGAAGAAAAAGACCCCAUCCUACGUCUAUAAUCUGAUUUACCUUUUACGACAAGACCAGACUGUUGAAUAGCUCUCUUUACGUCAUUUCCUUGCCAUCCAUCCUAUCAGUUCAUACCUCUUGUUGACCACUCACUCCCCAUUCUUGACCCCCAUCUUUCCUAUACAGUUCCCAUAUCCAUAACCCCCCCCCUUUUCCUCCACCCAAUAUCACCAUUUCUACAUACAUCUUCAACACUUCAAACCCUUCCCCCAGUGCGAAUAGCCAUAGCACACUAUACCUGGGCACUGUCCCAACGCCAAACACAGCCACACCAGUUUCACCACCACCCACAGAUAGCUGUCGAAAUUACUAUCCAAACUUUCCCCUUUUUAAGUUGGCAGAGAAUUUUCUUCUUCACUCCAUGUGACCCAUAGACCGCAUGGAUAGCAAAAAGAGUAAAGAAAAAAACUUAAACCUCUCCACAUCACCUGUUGUAUAUCGUGCCUCAACCGUGAAACCAUUUACCAUCCUGUGACAUUCAACACCCUCAAAUCAAACCGAAUGGCACACCACAAAAUCAUAUCUCAAAUGUGGUGGCCAACACCCGACCAGAAACAACCACCUCUUUCCCCCUCGACUCUUCUUCCAUCUUGAGUUAGACAUGUCACAUCACCAUCACCAUCACCGUCACCAAGCCAAUCGCAAACAUCUUUUUGGCCGCCGAAACCAGAAACAUGCCUCUCUUUUAAAGAGAACCAUUACGGAGCCCCCUAUUCAUCUUACCAGCGCCCCCUCUCUCUGCCUAUUUACUCACCCUCCCUACAAUACAGUCAAAGGCCUUAAAAGAAAAACAAGAAGCGUUUAAAUUAUCUUUAAAGGCCUAUUAACUAUGUUUUAACGCCUAUUAAUUAUAAAAGAUACUCAGGGGAGCUACCUCUUUGUCUUUUGGGGAGGGGGGGGGGGGUACCUUGGGUAAAUAAACAGGGGGCUCACAUAAAGGUUCUCUCCUCUUUUAUCCUUGGGACUCUAUUGCUCUAUUGGGGACUCUGUAAGGUAUCCAAACCUCUGGUAAGUCUUUCUGUCUAUUCAUCCUUCCCCGUUUUAUCUACCCAUUUCAUGCCCAUCUUUCUAUCCUGGAAAAAAAAACAAAAAGAGAAACAUCCUCAGAGUCCCGACCAUUUCCCUCGCCAUUUCCUUCCCUUCCACCUUUUUUUUGUGAUUAUUUCCGCUUCAUUUUCUCUCCCCUUCUUGCACUCUCGAGUGUUGCUGACCACAAUCUGUCGCCAGGCGUGCUCCUCCCAAAGAUCCCUCCUUCGGCCGGCCAUACUACUCUCCUCGGUGACCACCCAUCCCCAGUAUUAUUUACCAAGACUUAUCCCUUUUCGGGCUUUGUAAUCGCCAAAGAAGCGCAUACCAGAUCCCAAGGCACUGAAACAAAACGAGAAAAACAAACAAAAUACAAAAUACCACACCUGUUACAACACCAAUCAAUAACAUAAAAACGUAGAAAAUGCUGUUCAAGGCUACCGCCGGCGGUAUAGCGGGUAUUGUCGUUAAAAACCAGAGUGUGAAAUCAUGGGUAUCUCAAAGCCAACAAAGAACCCCAAUCCAAGACCGAAAGAGAACCCGUCAAGGAGCUACAACUUCCUUUGAACAACCAACCCCCCCACCACAAAAGGAUCAAGCGAAAAAACGCAAGAAAAUGAAACCGCAAAUCAAGUUUGGCCCGAAGCCCAACUCAAGGCAAGAGGCUACCCAAAGGCAAAAUCGACGCGCCACUAGGGUUGACUAUCCAGGGCGGCAAGAUUGUCUAUCAUGGCCUGAUCAUACCCCUUCGACUUGUCAUAAUCGGCGAGCCACUCGUCCCAAGUGAGGUUCGACAGUUUAUCGUCCUCGGUCCAGUGCUGCGAAGGCUGCUCAGGACCCAAGACACCCCUCUCGGGAAAAUUCCCCAAGACAACCCUCUCAUGAAAAUGCCCCAAAGGCUGUCCUGGAAAGUGCUCGCAAUGCGAGCAAUAACCGCCGCUGUCACCACCAUUAGUCGCAGCACGCAGACAGAGACAAAAGGGAUGAGGGGUGGGCAAGAGAUGGAAAAGCUCACCAUUUCCAAUCCGAAUCUCGCCGGGUCUCCUGAUCGAAGAAAGUAAGCAGCAGCUUCGUGGUGACAAUACCGGUCCAUCGAUGUGCGUUGGUCCUCCACUCUUUCCAAUCAAGUUCCAGAUCUAUAUCAUUCUCGGCAUUCCAAUUGAGGGUUCUGUCGAGAUGGGAAAUGAUUCUUGUCCACUCUUGCUCUUCCAACAACUCUUUGGUCUUGGGAGUUGUAGCCGCCUUGACGAUCUUGUGACCUUCACUGGACAACGACCGAAUCAUAACCCGGACUGCCCAGUUCUCAUGGAUACCAUCGUUGGCAUCAUCAUCAAAUUGUCCGCAUCGGGCCUCGAGGUCGGUCAUUUCGAACCUUGUUUCGCAGAUAUAGAGCCGCAUGAAACAGCGGGCGCAGAACAGAUUUGUACGCUCGUGGUAGGGGACAGUCUUGUCGGCAGCCUCAAGGUGCCGUUGCACAAAGAGAGAGUUGCAGCGCUUGCAUGCCUUGUAGUUCCCUUCUGGGCGGUUCGACUGGCUAUUGAGAAGAGACUGGCCAUUGUUCGUCUGCCCAUGCUCACGCCUGCUCUUCUUGUUGGGGACUGGAGAGUCACCAUUGCCGACCGCAGCAGAAAUCGACUGACCAGUCAGAGGAGACGAGUCGCUACUCAUCGACUGGCUCUUUCGCUUGAUCGAUUCCCGGCUCUCGCGUUCCGGGUUGCUGGGAUGAAUGUCGGCCUGGUCGCACGGUUGUGAGUUCAUGGAAAGCAAAGCAAACGGACGGAAGGGGAAAAUCGCGAAAGAACCUACUGGGUUUCCAACAAUGAUCGUGUCACCAACGGCAUUGCUAGAAGGUCGUCUGGCUUGAGGGACGCGAGGUUGCAACAUGGGUCGAAGACGAGACGGUUCGACUGUACUAGGGGCAGAAACCGCUGCAUGUCUGGUGGGAAUCGAAGUAAAUGGAGACAUCAUUCCUGUCGGGGAGUUGGUAAACCGUGGAGGCCAUUCCGACGGUCGGCGUGUCGUCAUGGCUACCAAGGGGGGAUUAGGUUUAGGGGCGGCUGCGGUCGGAUUUGUUGAGAAGGGUGUUGGUGAAGAGCUGGCCUGGGUCGGACGCCCGCUUCUUGAUGAAGAAAAUCCUCUCGCUGGAAAUAUCUUUUUCUUGCUGGAAUGUCCAGUAGAAUGUUCGAGUCGCGACCAACUUGGGUUCUUCGAACACGGGUGUGGUUGAGGCGUCUUAGGCAAACAUCGAAGCCGCACGCCUCGCCGACGAUAGCGUGGAAGUAAUUGAUGCUUGUGUGGAGCGAG